GAGGGGGGGCAAUUGCGGGCUUUUUUUUUUUCAGAAAUCGACGAUGUAUUUAGAUUGAGAUCUGACCAAAGCUUCCAUUUUGAUACAAAAUCUUCAGGGACGAAUAUUUUCGAGGUCCUUUCUCCAAAAGGGUCUUCUGUUAUCUUCUUCCAGAUCUCUCUCUCUCUUUCCAUUUCUCGAUUUUCUGAUCGAUCAUCCGAGAUUUCUUGCUAUUUGACUUGGGGAGAUGAUCUGGGUUUGUUUCGAUUUCACUGCUUUGUGGUAAAGGUUUGAUCUUUCGGCAGGGUUUCGUGUUCUGAACAAUGGGCGUUGAAGUUGGGAAGUCUGACGGAUUCGAGGUUGCUCCUGCACCUUUUGAGGGCAAACCCGAGCAAAACGGGAAGUUCGAUCACGGAAAAGGGGACAAAGUCUCGAUCAAGUUCGGGUCUCAUGACGAAACUAGCAAAGGGGAUGAAAACAUUAGCAGUGUAUUCAGCUCCGACGCCCCGAAAGAUGCGGCCGAAGAAUGGCCCGCGGACAAGCGGAUCCACACCUAUUACUUUGUAAGGUAUCGCCCUUACGAGGACCCGAAAAUAAAGGCUAAGCUUGAACAGGCGGACAAGGAGCUUCAGAAACUGAACCGUGCCCGUGCUGGAAUCGUGGAUGAGUUAAAAUCUAAGAGGGCUGCGAGAUCGGAGUUAUUCGAUCAGCUGGAGCCGUUGAAAAACGAGCGUAAGGGAUUCAAUACCAUUUUUGAUGAGAAGAGAAAGGAAAUGGAGCCAUUGCAGCAGGCAUUGGGAAAGCUGAGGAGCAACGAAGGCAGUGGGGCCCGUGGAGUCGGCCUCUGUUCCUCCGAGGGAGAGCUGAACAAUAUGGUACGGUCUUAUUUCAAACCGCAAAUACGUACACGUAUUUGCUUUAUUAUUCUUUCGUUAUAUCAUCAUGAGUUGACUGGAAAAAAAAUGCAGAUAUACAGCUUACAAUAUCGUAUACAACACGAAAGCAUCUCGUUGAACGAGGAGAAGCAGAUCCUGAAAGAGAUCAAGCAGUUCGAGGGCACGAGGGAGAAGGUCAUUGCCAAUGCGGCGAUGAGAGCCAAGAUCAAGGAGUCUUUGGGUCAGAAAGACGAUAUCCAAGAUCAAGUUAAUUCGAUGGGAGCUGAUUUGGACGGAGUGAAAAAGGAGCGGCAAGCAAUUUCGGCCAAGAUUAAUCAGCUGAGCGAAAAGGUGAAAGCUAUUAAAGACGAGAUUCAAUCGUUAGAGAACGACCUGAAGAUUGUGACCGAGAAGAGGGACAAAGCCUUUGCUAACAUUCAAGAUCUCAGGAAGCAGCGUGAUGAGACGAAUGCAAACUUUUACCAAAGCCGGGCUGUCCUGAACAAAGCUCGGGAAUUGGCUGCGCAAAAGAACGUAAAGGAUCUCGAGGCGCUGUCACAAGCCGAGGUCGACAAGUUCAUGUCCCUCUGGUGUAGUAAGAAGAACUUCAGAGAAGAUUACGAGAAAAGAAUAUUGACAUCGUUGGAUGCUAGGCAGCUGAGCCGAGACGGGCGUAUUAGGAACCCCGAAGAGAAGCCGCUAGUCACACCAGAGGCACCGUUGUCGAGGGAAACGGCCGAGGUUGCACCUAAAGCCAAGGUUAAACCGAUGAAGGAGGAGGAUGCGGAUUCUGCCCAGAAGACACAGAAAGCAACCAAAGACACAGGCAAAGCAAAGGAGGCCAAGUCCAAGCCCGACCAUCAGGAUACUGUGGAUGACAAUGAUGAUGGUGAAGAUGAAGUGUAUGGACUGGGAAAACCGAAGAAGGAAGAGAAGAAGGAGGUGGAUGCAGCUACGUUGAAGGAGAUGAGAAAACAGGAGGAGGCGGCGAAAGCCAAACAAGCAAUGGAGAGGAAGAAGAAACUGGCAGAGAAAGCUGCUUCGAAAGCGGCCAUAAGAGCUCAAAAGGAAGCGGAGAAGAAAGAAAAGGAGCGUGAGAAGAAAGCGAAGAAGAAAGGUGGCGUUUCAACUAAUGACGAGGCAGAGGCAGAGGCAGAGGAAGUGGAUGAUGAAGGUCCCGAGCAUGGGAAGAAGGAAGAGGAAGCUCCGGUUGAAGAGGAGAGGAAACCCGAGAAGGAGAAGCCGAUAAGGAGCAGAGUCCGCCGCCCGAGAGGGCCGGAGACCCUCCCGAGGGCGAUCUUGAAGCGGAAGAAGUCGACGAACUACUGGUUAUAUGCUGCUCCUGCAGCUGUCGUGGUCCUCAUCCUUCUGGUCCUUGGUUACUUCUAUGCUCUCUAAAGAUCAAAUGGAAAACAGAAACUAGGACAGCAGACGAAAGGAUGAGGAAGUGAGCGAGCAGAGAGAGAGGUUAUGAGCUCGUUUUUUGUAGCGUGGGAUGUUGCAAAGGUUUCUUUUCGAGUUCUUGUUCUUUUAGUCGUCUUGGAGGGACGGGCGAUCAACUCAUAAGCCUUGAAUCGUUUACGUAUCUGUAGACUUUUCCAAGUUUUCCUUCUUGUUGCUGUAGCUUGACGAUGUUACUUGAGGAAGAGAAACAAUACUUGCGUUUUCA